CUCACAUUCUGCGAGAGACGAAGCAAACGUGAGGGAGAGAGCGAGAGAGAUAAGCGUGCACUGACCGUCGCUGGCUAUUGUGCACUGCGGAGCGUCUGAUUCGACUUGAUUGGGAUUGGGAGCAGCGGCGCGUUACCGCUGUCGAGCUUACGACUGCAUCGAGUACACCAAGAUUGCAUCCGACCAUGCUGCACCAAAUCGUCAUCUCGAUCCUCGCACUCCUCCUCGCUGGCAUCUUCCUGUCCGAAAGCCGCCGCAAAUUUAUCUUCAUACUCUGCAAGACUCUUCCACGGGACAUUCUAGGUGCCUUCCGAUUUAUGAAAGUCAAUGCCCUUCUUUGGUGGUGGGAAACAAGAUUUUAUACAGUAGCUAAAAUUUUUACCGGACUUGUCGAAGCUCAUCCGGAUAAAAUAGCUUUUAUCUUCGAAGAUCAAGAAUGGACAUAUAAAGCGUUGGAAGACUUCAGCAACCGCAUCGGACGUUAUUUCCGUCCAAAAAUGUCUCGAUCGGAUUCCGUAGCCUUGAUAAUGGAGAGUCGUGCCGAGUAUGUGGGUACUUGGCUGGGAUUGUGCAAGGCCAACUUUGUCACCGCACUCGUCAACACCAAUCUCCGUGGGGAUGUUCUCGUGCACAGCAUCAAAGUUGCCGGCUGCAAGGCCGUCAUUUUCAGCAGCGACUAUAAAGAAGCUAUCGCGGAAAUCAAGCAUAAGAUUCCAGAGUUGGUUUUGUACCAGUGGUCCGAGCGAAAGAAUUUGCCUAUACUGCAAGGUGCUAUGGAUUUGAACGAAGGUCUCGCUGCGACCGAGCCAGAGCCGCUUUUGAUUGACAUAUCUGUCGGGAACCCACGUGACAAACUCAUCUACAUCUAUACCUCCGGCACCACAGGUUUGCCCAAGGCUGCAGUCAUCAGUAAUUUAAGGUACAUGUUGAUGUCGUGUGGUGUAUAUUCGAUGUUGGGACUUAAGUCAUCUGAUCGCAUUUAUAAUUCUCUACCUCUUUAUCACACUGCUGGAGGUAUUGUUGGUGCUGGACAGGCAGUAUUGCGUGGAGUCACGGUUGUACUUCGACGACGCUUUAGUGCUUCGCAAUUUUGGCCCGACUGUGUACAAUAUGAAUGCACGGUUGCUCAGUACAUCGGUGAAAUAUGUCGUUAUCUUCUUGCCGUGCCUCGUGAUUUAACUGAUACUGCACACAACGUAAGACUGAUGUACGGCAACGGACUUCGACCUCAAAUCUGGAAACCAUUCAUAGAAAGAUUUCGAGUGAAACAAAUUGGGGAAUUUUAUGGAGCUACUGAAGGCAAUUCUAAUUUAGUCAAUAUCGACAGCAGAAUUGGUGCAGUUGGUUUUGUACCGCGUUAUGCUCGUUCCCUCUAUCCAGUAGCUCUUUUAAAAGUUGAUGAAUCAAAUGGUGAGAUUGUUCGAGGUCCUGAUGGUCUUUGCAUUUUAUGUGAACCAGGCGAGCCUGGAGUUUUCGUCGGCAAAAUCAACCCGAAAAAAGCUGUCAGUGAUUUCAGCGGUUACGUCGACAAAAAUGAGUCAGAGAAAAAAAUUGUUAGGGAUGUGUUCAAGAAAGGAGAUCGUGUUUUCAAUUCAGGAGAUAUUUUGGUAAUGGAUGAAUACGGCUAUUUUUAUUUCAAAGAUCGAACUGGUGACACCUUCAGAUGGCGAGGCGAAAAUGUAGCUACUUCUGAAGUUGAAGCUGUUAUUAGUAAUGCAAUUGGUCUAAGAGAUGCUGUAGUAUACGGUGUAGAAGUUUCCGGGAAUGAAGGAAAAGCCGGCAUGGCAGCUAUUUAUGAUCCUACUCAAAAUAUCAACUUGGAUGAAUUGUCAGAAAAGGUGAAAAAGGCUUUACCAACUUAUGCAAGACCAUUAUUUGUUCGAGUCCUUUCCACUCUUCCUAUGACCGGAACUUUUAAAUUGAAAAAGAAAGAUCUCCAACAAGAAGGCUUUGAUAUACACAAGAUAAAAGAGCCUAUAUAUUUUUUUGAAAAAUCUGGAAAGUAUGUACGAUUAACAGAAAGUUUGUACAAUGAAAUUUUGCAAGAGAAAAUUCGGCUAUGAGGAAGAUUUAAAAAAUAUUACGAAAAUGAUUUAAUUUUGUAAAUGAAUCAAGUAUUACAGAAAAUGUAAAAUGUCAGUUGAUAAUGGAUAAAAUUAAAUAAUAAAUUGAAAAUACUGACGUUCCAUCAAUGCACUUUUGUUUGUAAUAUUGCAAUAAUUUUGGCUCUCUUCGGAACAAAUAGUAUAAUAUAAUGAAUAUUGGUUGUCGACCGUUAACAUUUUUUGUAAAUAAUCUAUUAACACACACCAAAGAGUUGGCAACAAGAACAAGAAUCGAAUGUAUAAAAUUUAAUACUUUACAUUCAUUAUAUUAUAUUAUUUUUAGCAUUAAGAGGGCAGGAGAACUGUGUUUCUCAGAACGACCAAAUCUGUAGCAAUAUUACAAAGAAAAAUGGAUUGGUCGUUACGGAAAGUGUUGGUAUGUAGAUAACUGACGUAGAUAUCUUUGUUAACAGUAAAGCAAUAACUUUGCUUUCUCUGUGACGCUACAAGACUGUGAAGUAUUUUGCAUUAUGAGUUUUAUGAAGAAUAAUUAAAGCGGAAUCACAAGUGAUAUCCUAGUUUAAGUGAUUGUUAGUUAUAUUAUAAGACAAAAAUAGACUAUAAGCUAUUAAGUUGAGUUCGAUUAUUAUUAUUAUUAUUAUUGUUAUUAUCAUCAUCAUGUAUUUCUGUAAAAAUUAAAUAAUUAUACUAUUAUGUAAAAUGUAUAAUUGUUUGUUAAAAUAUUAUAUAGUUUACUAUCAUCAAUCGAAUUAUGUACAAAAUAUUGAUGUAAUUAAACUUUGUAUGGUAAUUCUUAUUUCCUACUUUUAUUUUCAAAGUGCCUCUAAAUAUUUGCUCAACAACAACAGUAACAUUAUUUAUAAAUAAUUUAACUCACCUAAAUGGCGUUUAUGUUUGAAAUAAUUUCGAUAAGUAUACUUACAAUCUUACUUCAAUACGAGAGAAAUAAUCCAUAUGAAAACGAAUGAUUAUUUUAGUUUUACUUAAAUAAAUUAUUCUCAGAAAUAAAAAAUGUAUGAAAUACUUUCGUCUUAUA